AUGGUGAAGGCUUGGCCUAAGACGCUACUUCUGCGCGAGAAGAAACCGGGUCUGGUGCAGGACCGGAACGAUAGAAGAGAAUGGGGGUUGACGGGUGCCGGGAGCAGGAAGAAAUGGAAAGAGUGGGUGGGGGAUAAGAAGAUGCAGGACGCGAGGGAGAUGAAGAGUCGAGAGGAGUCGUAUCCCCAACCACCACAUCCUCAUUCAAUCGCCAACUCGCCCGUACAACGUCCCAAGGCGACGUAUGCAUCCCACCGCCUCUCAAUCCGCUCUCGUCUCUCUCUUCAAAUCAUCCUAUCGAAAAAACGAGUCAACAAGUCCGGGGCAAUCCGUCAGCAGGUAGCCAAGAAGAUCCGGCAAGGGGUUCGGUACAUCCUCGAGCGCGGGAUGGGCGUCGAUGCUGACGACACGCUGGUUUUCAAUGAAGCGGAGGCUGGGGUUGGAAGGUGGAUGCUUUCUGAUUGGCACUACAUCAUCUACGCGCAGCUCCCGUGCUACCGUCAUCCCUGGCCAGGCAUGAUGCUACACCUCCGCCGUGCAUUGGAGCAUAUCAAGACUUCUGGCGAGACGUUCAACGCCGAGUGGGAAGCGGCAGACCAUCUGCAAUCAGAGUGGAAGGAGAUGCACGAAGCGGAAAGAGAGAUGGGAAUUGCGAGAAAAGAGUCUGAGGAGUGGGCCGCAGAGCUGAUGAAGAGGGAGGAGGCGGCGGUAGAGUUGUGCAAGCAGGGGCAGCUUGGACCUGAGCUGAACGACUUGCUUGGGCGGUUCAGCUCGGAGUUGGGGCUCCAAGAUACUGCAGCAGCACCAUCCUCGAUCAACUCAGGAGGCAUGGACAGCAGCGUCCUCCCAUCGGACUACAGCACAGGCCCAAGCCAGCCGCGGCACACGCUAGACGACAAAUCACGGGCCUCCAUGUUCUCCGAAGCAGAUCCCCUGCAUGCCGGGAUGAAGAACCCCACUCAGUCGACCGAAACAGAACCCAUGUUUUCGCAGGAAAACGGGAGACUCCUCCCACCUCAUCUAUCCCUGGAAUCCAAUCUCGAGUAUUGGAAGCCGCCUUCGAAACAAGAACCGCGCCCAAUCGAGUCGUCUCUAGAAAAGAGCCGAGCGUUGCUGUUGCGCGCCGCUGAAGGACUGUGGAACAAGCCGGAUAGGGAGGACGACACUGUGAAGAAAGAAUGGCAGAAAGACGAUGAAGGAUCCGAUUUGCUCUCGCAUAGGUAUGGGAGGGACGUUACGAGCAUGCCGAUGCAAUUGCGCUCGGGAAAAUUGCGCGUGCAUAUCCCGAAGUUUUCGGCCAGACUCAAGGAGCAUGUCGUUAGGCAAGAGAACAAGGAGAGGCGUCCGCGAGUUCCGACGCAUGAUGAAUUAGCACAAGAAGAAGGGAGAAGGAACGGUCGACCGAUUCGACGUCGGUUUGAACACAUAGUUGAAAGGUAUCCUACUGCUCGAACGAGCGCCGAAGAGAAGCGCGCUAAGAGUGGAAGAAGUCUGGACGAUAUUGAUUUAUCUUCGCUCGAGAGCAAGACUUGACAUCGGCUUGGUAGCAUGCAAAACUGUCUGAAAGGAACACCCCACAGUAAUGGAAUCAGAACGUAUGCCUUCGAGUCACCACACUGCGAGUCUUUUCCACGAGUUACUGGAUCUCCGCUCGUCAUCAGGAGCGCGACAGAAGGCAGCCGAAGAGGUGUAGAAUGUGCGGAGAGGAAUGGGAAGCAUAAGCCUUGGAGGUCUGGAAUAUUCCAGUGUUCUAUAAUGUACGAUUAGUCACUCACGCCCAUAGCUGUACGAU